AUGAGUUCCAAUGGCUUGAUUCCAGUUGAGAUCGUCAAUGAUAGUUCUGCGGCUGGCGACGACGCCGGCGAUGGCGAGAAGGACGUCUUGCGACGUCUCCAGGUCCCAUUCAAGAAGAUGACGCUUGGUGAUCUCCUCACCAAAGCUCGUCGAGAGCUUCCUCGAGGCAACCAGAGUCUCUUUGUGGACAAGGAGGUUUUCCUUCGACAAAAAGUUGGCACUGUCGAUGGCCACUUUGCCCUUGAACGCAGGGACGACCGUGCGCAUAGUCAAGGCAACGGGAUUCGCCCUGGAGAUUCGAUUCUCCUUUUACCUUCCCAGGAUGAAGGAUUUCAGCUUGCACGGCUGUACGAAGAAUACGACGUCGAGGCAACUGUGCCUACCGCCUUUGAAAUGCUCUCAAUGCCUUUGAGCCCUCAUUUAAAGUACACUGGAGUGACGCUGCUUUCCAAGCCAACAAUUUCUGUCAUUCAAAUCAAGCACGAAGGAGUCAAGAUCGCUUUUGUGCUUCCCGGAAAUGACGAGAUCAAAAUUGAGCGCAAUGGAAGCAAACGAGCCAUUGCAAUUCCAAACAAACUUGUACACGUGGAGUUUGACAAAAUUGUCUUCCUUGACGACCAUAAGAUCAGCACUUUCGUGGACCAAGUACGUAAGAACCAUGUCACCAUGUCGAACUUUGCGUCUCUCAAGUAA